AUAAGGAAAAGGUAGGAGCAACACGACUGGUGAGAAACGAAACAACAAGAUCGCACAUGAAAGGAAAUGCUUAUUGAGCUAACUUGUCCUACGUGGCAGUUGAGAUUGUGAAUCAAGCGCGCGCAUCAUCAUCAAUCAAUCAUCAUCCAUGGCUGUUCCUGCUCCAACCUCAGCUCUCUAUCUUCAACCCAUCCACACUAACCACCGCACCCUCCGUCACUAUCGCUCAUUCCCCACUCCUUCCAAUAAACCUUUCACCGUCUUCGCCAUGGCUCCCAAAAACAAGGUGAACAAGUACAAUGAUAACUGGAAGAAACAAUGGUUCGGAGCAGGAAUAUUCUACGAAGGAAGCGAAGAAGUAGAAGUCGACGUAUUCAAGAAACUUGAGAAACGCAAAGUAUUAAGCAACGUUGAAAAAGCAGGAUUAUUAUCCAAAGCUGAAGAGUUCGGAGUCACGCUCUCUUCAAUCGAGAAGCUAGGUCUUUUUUCUAAGGCAGAAGAACUUGGUUUACUCAGCUUAUUAGAGAAACUCGCCGCGGUCUCUCCUUCCGUUUUGGCUUCUCUGGCACUUCCAACGCUUCUGGCUGCUGUUGCGACGGUGGUUCUUGUUCCUGAUGAUUCUACCGCUCUUGUUGUAGUUCAGGCUGUUGUUGCUGCUGCUCUUGGUGUUGGGGCUGUUGGGUUGUUUGCUGGAUCUGUUGUUCUCGGCGGGUUGCAAGAGGCUGAUUGAUUCAGUACACAUGUUUUUAACCGCCGUUGUUUUUGUUGUAAUUAGUACAUUGUGAUGAUGAUUGUAGUAAUAAUUUACUUACUUCAUUGUUCAAUCAAAAAUAAUCAUUUCUUUUCAUAUAA